CCAUUAUUAAGGAGAGCUGGUCAAUGAUUGGCCCAAAAGCAGUUUCCACACAUUAUCGAACAUGGCUUCAUCGGCAGCACUGAAGUCAAGUAAAAAAGAGCUUCGUUCAUCGAUCAAAAAGCUUCUAUCGACAGUUACAGAUGAUUCCGUGCAGACUCAAAGUAAGUAUUCUAGGUGGCACUCAGAUAUUACUUCCACAUUUAUAUACUACCAGUUCAUUAAUGUACUUAGGUACGGCUGUCUUUCACAGACUCAUCAAUUUUAAACCAUAUCAACGGGCCAAACGAAUAGCGGUAUAUCUUGCUAUGCCGACUGGGGAAUUACAAACUGAUGCAAUUGUACGUCACGCCUUGGAAUCUGGCAAGCAGGUCUUCGUACCUUACCUACAUAAAUCUAUGUCCCUGUCACCUGAUACACCCCGUUCUGUAAUGGAUAUGGUGGACCUUCGUAGCCUUGCAGAUUUUGAAGCCCUGGAAAGAGAUAGUUGGGGGAUACCCACAAUCCCUGCAGAGACUGUAGGUGAAAGAGAAAGUAUAUUGGAGACUGUUUCGAGCAAAGGUGGCUUGGAAAUGAUACUCUUGCCUGGGGUAGCCUUUGACAUUGAUCCUAAAACCAAUUUUAUAAGACGCCUUGGUCAUGGAAAAGGGUUCUACGACUACUUCUUGCAUCGAUACAGGCAGCAGUCAGGUUCACAAAUUCCCGAUCCAGCGAAUCCAGGAACAAAUGUAUUACUCUAUGGUUUGGCUCUUCAGGAGCAAUUCUUGAAGCCUGGAGCAGAAAAAUCAGUGCCAGUGGGAGAGCAUGAUAGCCUCCUCCACGGACUUUUCUUGGGAGAUAGUGAAAUUAAAGAUGGUCUUGUUUCCAGAGAAUAGAUCCACCUCAAAAUAAACAACUCGAUAUGAAGCCAGAUGACCGAAGAACUUCCCUUAGAACUCAUCUU